AUGUCUAACUGUGAUAAUUUUGUAGAACAACUCUGGAGAAAGGGGAAGUGCGCGAACUGCUUUCAGUCUCGCGACAAACAUCAAAACGCUGUCAACAAACACGAAGACGCCAGUUUCACCGGUAGUGGUUCCGCAAACUGCAGACCAAAACGAGUUGUGAUUCCUCCACAAAGCCCAAAAACUCAAAAUUUUAAAGCAUGUAGUGUUGAAAAGACAGAUAAUUUAUUUGAACAGGAACAAGGAAAGGAGGGAACUGAUAAAGGGAAUGGUGAGAACGAUAUUAAUAAAUCCAUUACACCUUGCACAACUCACGCCAUUGAAGUAACCAACGAUCGCAGUAGCACUGUGACUGAUUCAAGGAAAGAGGCACAGGAUUUCAAAACAUCGACUGCCCUUAAACCUAGGCCAGCACCAAGACCAAAACCACGACCGGCUUCUCGAGCUGUGGAAUUUAGUUAUAGCGCCGCAAGUCGCGACGAAAACCCGCAAGAAUCAGCAGAUGUGUUAAACGGUCUCACAUCGUUUGAGAACUCUCUUGGGAAUUCCCUUACUCAACCAUGUAACGCAACCUCCUCAGAAAUUCCCAUCGAGAGUGGAUUGUCAAUAUUGGAUAACGUUGAAGAAGCGAAGCAGGAAAACAGAUGUAACAACGAAACAGACAGCGAGACAAUUGGUAAUGAAGUAGAUGUAGUUGAGUUUGGGGAGCCAAAGAACGAUGCGGAGUUUUUGGACGUGAACAAAAGUGACAUUCUGCCUUCAUCAGAUAACGUUUCAACCGAAAUUGAAGAAGCCGCUCCGGUAUCUACAAAUGCGAUCGAAGACGACGAUUCAAGCGACGAAUAUGUACCGAUGAAGAGCAAUAUAGUGUUGUUUGGUGUCGAAUCUGAUCCGCUACGUGAAGAAGUUCGUGAGACAGAUGUUUUGAAACCAAACUGUGAAAGCGAUAGUGACUCGAAAAAAAUGGCGAUCAGCGAAAAUCGAAUGAAAGUUGCAUGUGGCUCUCAAAUCGACGAAGAAUUGUCGUCUACUGUUUUAGAAUUUCGUAAUCCGUUGUGCAUGAUCACAAACAAGAUCAACGAAUCUAGAAUUACUGAUCGAGACACUGGUGAGUCGGACAAAUUGAAUAAUAAUCGAGAUAAUCCUAACAAGAUUAUUUGUAAAUUUUCUACUAUCACAGAGCCAAAUUACGUAAAUAGAGCCUCAAGCUCAAGCAGCGAAAGUGCAGUGUCCGGCAGUCAAGAUUCGGGUUAUGAAAACACUCGAAAGUCGAACAGGGGUGAUUCUUUUAACAAUGCCUCGGGCAAUGAGUCAGUUCUUGUAGAACAAGAAGUAGGCUUGGCAGAUAUUCCAGUUACUGUCACUCCCACAACGAACGAUGGUUAUUGUAUUAUUGAGUCUAGUGGAACCUCAAGUAGCUCUUGGGGAAGCAGCACUUGGGACAGUUGUAGCACAUCAGAUUUUCAUGAAAACAGUGGUGAAGCUAUGGCUGCUAAAAAUUCCUUUGGAAAUUUGAACACCAGAAAUAACAAACCUCACUUGGUGGCGUCGCCGAGAGUGGCAGUAAAAGAACAACCCAUACCUAACGAAAAACUCCAAAGUAGCAAUACUGGACCUUUUUAUGUGAAUACAACAUUAAAACCAAUUACAAAACCAUAUAAAGUGGUUGACAUAAGUGCUGGUGUUGCUGUUCCAACAACAGAGAGCCCAAGUGAUGCACCACCCCUGCCCCCAAAAGAAAAGGAUCUGAAGAAAGAUAGAGCUGAGGAAUUGAAUCAUAUUUACUUGGAACCCAGUGAUGGGACUGCAGCUGCCCCAGAACAAAAUUUGAAAAAUGAAAAGGAUGAAAAGGCUAUUUCCAAGGUGAGUGCUUCUCUAAACUCAUCCUUCAGCAAAGCUUCUGGCAGUGUAAUGGACAAGAGCUCAGCUGUGCGAAGGGCCCCAGCACCAAGACCACGUUCUAGAAUACCAUCUCAAUUUGGCACCUUACCCAAACCUGCCCCUCGUACAUCAAGAAUUCUGAACGACACAGUUGUCAAGGUGGACACCAGAGAGCAAAGAGUGGUUACAGUGACCCCACCAGUUGGUAAGUUUUGUGAUUUUAUGUUGUAGUUUUGCAAAACAGGAGGACACCCGAUUUGGAAAACAUGGUAGCUGUCUCAUUGAUUUGGUUUGUAUAGGGUCAUUCAUAUUGAUUGGAUUAAACUCAACACAUUCUGGACAGUGUUUUACUUUUAAAGCUGUAAUCAGUAAAAUAUACUGCUUUUAGUACCCCAUAUUACUGCCUAAACUUGCUUGAAAUUCUUGAAAAUUCCACAGGUAAAAGGGUUGCUCUUUAAAUAUUUCAUUUACCUUUUGUGCCUAAAAUAAGAGAGAGCACUGCUUGACUAAAAAGUUAUAAUACACUAAUGACAUACAUGAUGAUGGUCAAACAAUGCUGACAGAGAAUAUAGUUAUGUGAUGAGGUUUACAAUGAAUUUCAGGUUAAAAUUAAUUCAUCCUGGUUUGGUUUGUAUUUUCUAUGAAAAAAUCGAGGCAUUGUAAAUAACUGAAACAAAAGAAAGUACAAAUCAAAUUACUUAGACCUGAUUUAACAUAUAUAAAUAUUUAACUAUUCAACUCUCUGUUCUUUCAUACAAUUCAUCCAAAUUCCCUCCAGUUUUUGAGGAAAAACAUGUGAUAUUUUUGUUUAGAGCUGACAUCCUAUUCAACUGAGACAGCAGUUAUGAAAAAGUUAAAAAUUCAAGGCUAUAAUUGGCUAGUUCACGACAAAAGAUUUUCAUGAUAUUUUUCUUAUCUCAAGUUUGUUGUGAAACCAAAACUUCAGUGAUUCAUAUCAAACAUCUUGCAGAGUCAUUUAUUAUUCCAUGUGCAACCCUUAUGCCCUACGUUUGUAUACUAAAAUGAAAAACAAAUUUGAAUUGUUUUAUUUCCUUUACAUCAAAAACAUAUCCUUGCAGAGUUUAAAUGCUUCAUUUUUAACUGUGCAUAUUUACCAACAUUUGUUGAGUGUUUUAAACAAAAGAGAGAUCCAUAGUGUUAAAGUGUCUCAAAUGAUGUAUAAUUUCAAACUUUUUUAGAAAUUUAAACAUAUAUUUUUCAGCUCUAUUGUAAUUGUUGUAACACAUGUCCAUGUGCUUGAGACUGCAUAAACAGCACAGAGUAAAACCUAUUUUGCUUUAAAAUUUUCAGAACUAAUACUCAUUUAUUUUUAAACUAUUCUUCUGCUACAGCUAAAACACCACAUGUUCAUGCAUCUUGAGACUGUGUAAACAAUGCAGAAUAAAACCUGUUUAGCAUUGACAGGUCAAAAAUGAGUCAUAGCUAUUUGUCAGCAAGCUGUUUUAAUCAGUGAGAUGAAUUAGUUGAGCCAAUGAUUCAAAGUAAUAUGUUUUUCUUGAUUUAGAGGAUUUCUAGCCUCAGAGAUAAGUUACAGUUCUUGUUAGAUGCAGUAAAUCAUUAUUUUUAAUUCUAUUUAUUCCUUUUAGUUCAAAUUCCCUGCAGGGGAAACUUUUGAUGCUGUAAUAAAUCUGUUAUCAGCUGAAUCAGGUCUUGCCACAUUGUUAUCUCACACAGUAUGGAUAUUAAUUUUGUAGGUUAUCCAAUAUACUUGUCACCCUUUUUAUCCAGAUAUCUCUGCUUUUGGGUAUUUGUUUUGUUGUUAAGUUUCCUGAAGCGACAUAUGCUAUGUCUAAUAGACUUGAUGAAAGAGGUAGAUAAGGUUGAUGGGUGUGAUAACAAUGGAAUCUUUGUUAGAAGUCCUUAUCACAAAUUAUGCUUUUAUCAAGUUCCUAGACAAAUUAAUUGGGUGACCAAGAUGCUGUCAAAUAUUUACACAUCUUGAGAAUGAACGCGACUACUAACUUGUUAGUUUAUGGUCUAAGCAUAAGAAAGAUCAUUUAGAAAUAUAUUCUUAAUAUCUAACCACAUAUAUUCACCAUCAUUGCCAGCUUGUGCAGUAUUUGACAAAGCUUUUUGCAUUCCUUGGGACAAACAGAAGCAUUUUUAAUGAAUUUGUACACCCUGGAAAACCUUCUGGCUUAAGUUUCAAUUCCUGAUGAAAUAUUCAAGACUAAACCAGACAUAUGUACAAUAUUUUUAAGUGUUAAAUUAUUUAUACAGCAUGGCUUUCUCUUUGAAAUGUUUGAUCAUGCUUUCUUUGUUCAAACCACUUACCAGGGAAAUUCUGAAUCAGUUCAUGAUUUUGUUCUUACUUUAUUUCUUCUUUACUUUGAGAAUUUUUUUCAUCCAUUAUCCUAAUAACCACGAUACAAUGAUUUACAUUUACAUUGAUUGUAAUUUUUGUGGCCAGAAUUAUUUCACACUUGUUGCAUAAAUAUUGUCUUUGAGGAAUUCUUUGACAAAAUUAUAAUUUACCACAAGUAGCGAACUGCAGUAGGUUUUAUUUAUCAGUAAGUCGAAGUUAAUUUGCUAUGAUGAAACAAUAAAAAAAAAGUUAUUCUUGGGUAGGAAGGUAUCUGGAGGGAAGAAGGGAACCAAUUCCCACAACUAAAUUAACCCUGACAUCAGUAUUCACAUUCUUCAUACUCGUCUCUAUACUUUUCUUUUGGUGUUGAACAAAUUUUCAUAUUUGUUAACCCUUUAACCCCUAAGAGUGACUAGCAUUUAAUUCUCCCCACAAUACCAUUCCUGAAUCAAACAUUAAGGUCAUGAGAAUAAAGGAAAUGAUCAACAACUAAAGAGGCUCUUGACUGUUAAAUAAAUUCUCCUUGUCAGCACCUUAGGAAAUGUAUGAAGAACAGUAUGAAGAAUAUUCACACUUAUGCUAGGGUGUUAAGGGUUAAUCACUUUCUGAGUGUUAAAUAUUAAGUUAGAAAUAUUAUUUCAUUCCAUCAUUUCAAUUUUAAGUGAAGGAGUAAUGUUCCACAAAAUACAGUAAAGAAACAAAGACAAUUUUAAAGUAAAAAUUGUGUUAUAACCAUGUUUGAAUAACAUAAAAGAUUAAAUCCAGGGGUACCAAGAGCUUAACACACUGCAUGACAUGAACUGAAAAAGCAAAUGUAAUAUUAUUGGUUAAAUUCAUUUUGUUAUGUUAGCUAUCUUGUGUUAUUCAUAUUUUAUUUUGUUUUCAUCAUGUUUUUUUUCUUUAUAGUUUAUAGAUUAAGCUUUGCUUACAUUUACAUUAACAUUUGUUGAUUUUAUUUUAUUUUUUUUUUAGUUUCAAUAUCACCCCUACCCACCAACCCACCUCCAGACCCACCCCCUCUUGAAAGGAGGCCAUCAUUUACAAAACCAAAUCAGGCUCUGACAAGUCCUGCCUCUUCCCCACCCCCUGUGAAGGACAUUGGGGAGCAUAGGAGCCCAGAGAAUCCACCUAAAAGUGCACCUUUGAGUCCUGUUAGUCCUGUAAGUCCUGUCAGCAAGCAAGGUGUGGCAGUAGGGGGGCUACAGGAUGGGCCUGUAAAACCCAAAAGAAGUGCCCCACCACCUCCCCCUUGUGGUAAGCUUGUUGCAUAAACAUACUGUAGAAUGAUGAGAUAUAGUAUUACCAUGACACCAAGUAGUUAUUAUUAACAAAUACACAGCCCCUUUGAAACAGUCAGUAGGAUUCACUUCUCAAGGUGACAUUUUGAUGCAAAUUUAAUUUCUCUGCAUAUAACUACUAUUGCACUUUUGAUAUAAGUUCUGCUAUUCAUUGCCCAGGGUCAUUGCCCAGGGUGUUAUAUUCCUUUGAAUAAGUUUCACUGAAGCACAAAAAGGUGAAUUUAUUGCCUUAUUGCUGCUUUCUCUAGUAGCAGUAGCUACUUCAUUGUGCAUCUUAUGAUUGCCUACAUGGGAAGGAAUGUGUAUUUUAAGCUUCUUGGUAACCACCAAGCUCAUAAUGCACUCAACGUUGAAGGAUGCAGGAUGUUGAAAUGAUAUAAUUUAGCACAGGGGAAGGUGUGCCAGGCAAGGGUUCUGGGAGUUCCCUGUGGGAUCCAGUGGUAAUGCCUGGUUAGAGGUUUAUAGGAAGAAGUCAUAGAAGUACAAUAUAAAGAUUCUAUGCCUUUCAACUCCGUGAAAGUGCCCCUCUUGAUAACAAAUUGGAGAAAUUUGCCCAGUCAAACAUUCUCUUGGCUGUAGGAAAAUUCUCCCGUCUAAUUGACCAGUUCUCUAUUGGGGCCAACAUCUAAUUUGUACAGAGUUUGACGAGGCAGAACUAAUUUAUAUAUUACAGUAUGAACAUCCUUGAACUCACAUCUUUUUUAUGCUUAUUAGUUGGUUGUGAUUUACAAUAUUUGUUGUUUUUGGUAGCUUCCAGUCCUCCACCGCCAAAGUCACCUUUGUCCCAACCUGUGACGCCUGUGAAGUCAGCUAGUCCUAGUCCUUCUCAAACAAAAUCUCAGCAAGUGUCAUCUCCAACUCCCAGUCCAUCUCCACAAAAAACUCAGUCAGUCUCAUCACCAAGCCCCAGUCCAUCUCAAUCAAAAUCUCAGUCAAAGUCUAAGCCAAGUAGAUCAUCCAGCUUCACUGAACCACAUGGUGCCAACACGGAUACGAGCCCUGCAAAAAUGUCGUCUCCGAAAUCGACGAUCAGAAGGGCUUUUGCCAGCAUGAAAAAACUGGGGGGCAAAAGGAAACACAGACACAGUAAGACCAUAGAGAUUAGUGCUCCUAUUGCAGUGAAUGAUGAGGUGCCAGGCUUUUUGGAGCAGAAAGAGGCAGUGCGGCGUCGGACCUUUUCCGAAGUGAAGCCUCUACAAACCGAGAAGACCAGGGCGUCAGAGCCAGAUCAGGUUCAGCCUGCAGAAGCUAUUGCCCCUUCCGCUGAAUCAGUACUCCCCCCUGCUACAGCUGAACAUGCUUCAUCUACCACUCCUCCCUCCACUGUGGAAUCACCAGCCAUUGAGGAAAGAAACGGCAAGAAAAGUUCUCCCAUUAUGCAGACCAAGCCAGGAAUUGGCUACCAGAACUUUCCUUUGUCAAAGGGAGGAGACACCCUGGAGCGUCCAAAAAAGCCUCCUCGCGUGGCCAAAGUUGUCAAACCAUUGCAGCACAACAAGCCGACGCCAGGCCAAGGUACCAACCAGCAAGAGGAAGAACCAACCUAUCUGCAACCCAAUGAAGAUGAGCUUACAAUUAAAGUAGAGACAGUGUUGGCCAAUUUGACUGAUGCUGAAAUCCUCGCUGAAGCUCUAUCAAGAGUGGAGCAAGAAUUACUUGGACCACUACCAGCCAUUCCUAGAUCCCGGCAGGUUCAUUUCCCAAGUGAAAAUUCCGAUGGCUCAAACACUUUUGCGGUUGGCAAACCAGAUCUCCCGAAGCGUCCCGUACGGGUCGUUUCCCCAACCCUCAUCAACGGGUUUGGGGACAGGGGCGAUUCCAGAUCUCGCCCCAGACUCCCCUCUAGGCCGCCAAACACAAAGCCAGCGGAACAGCCCAUGCGAGAACGAUCCCAAAGUCUAAGAACACAAACUUUAGACCGACAGAAACCCCCAGCUUCACGUAUCCGAAGUCAAUCGAUGACUGCGAAUGUCCUAGAGAAGCGCUACAAUAAGAUUUUGAAACUGCAGUUACAAACGUUGGAGGAAAUGAUUCAGUCUUGGAGAGGGGAACUACUGCCUGACCCAGAGCUAAACUUGUCUGAUACGCGGUGGUCAGACUACGAGCUCUGUGGUGAUGCUCUGAGCGUGCAAUGUCAUGGAGCUGUUCUUCUACCCGUGAAAUGUGCCAUGUUUUGGGAAGGAAACAAGAAGUUACUUGCUAAGGUCAGUGUUGUAAAACAUUGGGUCUGCAUGCACGUAUUUCUAAUUUGUUCAUGGAUUUUUGAGAAUCUUUGGUUUAUACCCUCAUUCCAUUCUGCCGGGUGGUUGUAGUAAUUAAGAGCGUUUUUAAUGUUUUUGUAUUGAUUGCUAUAAUUGUUAUUUGUUUUUGUUUUAUUGCAUCCUCGUUAAUUAGGUGGAAUACCCGCUGCAUUCCAGAACUCGCUCUUCGGAACCUUCACCUAACCAGCAGGAUAUAUGUGUAUGCGAGGCUCUGCCGUAUCACGUGAACAUAUCUCGUGUGCUGACGCAUUUUAUUGAUCACGUGCCUGGUGAUGCAAUUGGGCAACCCGACUGUGAUUCGUACGAGACGUUGGUGAGCAUCACAGAUCAGAUACCUUGUGAAACUGUCGCUGACUUUCUCAAACGCACCAUUGACGAACACAAAAGUGAUCCAGAAACUUAUGAGAAGAAAAUUUGUCUGCUAGUUCUUCAGCUUUUGAGUGCGCUGAAUCAUUUACACCAAGAGGCCGUUGUUCAUCGCGACUUGAAAGCCGAGAAUCUUUACAUUCUGGAAGGCGAGCUCGUGGUAAUUACCAAUUUCCAGUGUGCGUUCAAGCAGCCUAGAGGCACUCAACCCAGUCCCUUUAUUUUAAGCCAGAGCACGUCGAGCCAUUUUAGCGGCAACCCUGAACAUCUUCCGCCAGAAAUAGCGAAUGCGUCAAAAGACUCAGAGCAGUUGAAUUAUGAAGACUGCGACACUUUUGCGGCUGGUUGCUUAAUUUACGAGUUCCUUCACAGACACAAUCCUUUUGCUGCUAACCCGAGCCUUGUCAAGCAGAGUUAUGACCAAACUGAUCUUCCUCCAGUUCCCUUCAAUUCGCGAUAUUCAAGGGGACUGGGCACGAUUGCUCGUCAGUUGUUACAACGUCACCCCCAGGAACGUUUGUCUGCUGUGGAAGCCAUUGAAAUGCUUCAGGUAUUGCUAUGGGGGCCGAAAGAACUUGACGAUGAGAGCAUAGACAGCACCAUUGGCGAUUGGCUAGAAACGGAGCGAGCACAUACAGUUGCGAUGAUUGCGCGAAACCAAAUCCAGAAGAGUUGCAGCUCGGACGAUUUCUUGGAGACUUACAUGAAGUGUCAGUUUCUUGUGGAUGCUUCUGUGGAGACAAUAUCACAUAUUUAUCAGCAACUUGAUCUCGACCAGUGAGGAUGUCCUGAACCAGGUUCGAAGGAAUGUAUCUUUUCAUUAACUUAUAAACUUGUGCAAAUGUAAAUCACGCGAGCAUGUUGUCGUUCGAAACUGACAGCUGUAUGUUGGUUUACUUGCGCCGGGCCAAUCAGGAAUUACGUUAGGUUCGUUUGCUUACAUAUUGGUAUGAAAUAAGCAAAGUGUAGUCAGAUAUAGUUUAAAAUGUAGGUGUGUACUACGCUUUAGGCGUAUGUUUGUCUUUAAACCUCGUCUUGUUCGUUUUGUGCUCCAUUUAAGACCAAAUUGUGGUAAAUGAUAAAAUCUGUUAAGUAUCGUGGUUAAGUAAAUCAGGUUUAGAAAGAUCCAAGAACAGCUCGAGGUUAAAUGUCUACAAUUGACCUAACAAAAGAAAUUAAUACGUGUGAGUGAGCGGGUUUUCUUCCACAUAAACCGUUCGAUUGUCGCAAGAAACUCGCGUGUGUUGGGAAAACCAUGCGCGUCGCUUGUAACAUACCUCGUUGCGGUUUACAGUCAUCUCGCCGCUAGCGAGCCCGCCAUCAAGGCAACCUCACCACCACUAAAAUUGCGACCGAGGUCGCUAGCUAAUUUGGCAUGAAUUCAAAGCUUUAGGCGACUCUUACGUUCGAUCUCGAGCCUCGGGAGCAUUGCCAUAAGAAUUCCACGGGAAAUACCGCAGAGCCGUGCGAGGUAACACGCCUUAACGAUAUCGAUUACACUUCGGUUGCGAGUCUUCCUGGCGGUGAGGUGACUGGUUACCCUGAUUACCCACUACCUGGGUAGUAAUGCUUAGUUGACUUUAUUAGAUGAUUUCACACAGCAUAUGCUACUCAAAGAGUAACAGGGAAACCAGGUUCUCCUAAAGUAAGUUUAGUUGAAUUUCAUAGAUAUUCUAAGGAGGUGAUAUUUAAAAUUGGUCGUUACGAGUAGGUUGAAAUCCCCGUGGGUAUGUUGUAGGGUAGCAAGUUUUAGAGAGUUAUCUUUGGAUGCCUUCGUUUUCUCAGGCAUUUCAAGUUAUUUUUAAAUUUCUUUCCAGAAUAAUGAUAUGUAUAUGUAUAUUCCAAAAAAAUAUAUUUAUAUUUGGUUGUCAUAGGUGACGCCUUUACAGAAUUUAAAAUUUUUUUUUUCAAUUUUUCCCUAGCAAGGAAACGUGCAUAAUUAUUAUUAACUUUUAUUUAACGAGGAGAUAUUUCCCAGCGUAGUGUAGAAAGCUCAACGUUAUUUUUUUGUAUAUUUUUAAAAUGUCUUUGAAAUUUCAUUGCUUCCUCGAAUUUAAAGAAAUGUCUUUUAUUUCAAGAAUAUUGGAAAUUUGGAAAAUUGUCGCGUCGAAAGAAGAGUUUGGGAGCAAGUGACGUUUUUGGACGAUCUUGAUGAAACUCAUUGGGGACCGAGAUGAUCUUCAAAGAGCACUCGAAGGGACUCAUACAGGACAAUAAAAAUUGAUAAUCCUACAGUGUCAAAUGGUACAGACAAGCCCUAAGAACGAUCCCUUGACAAGCAAUUAGACAAGCCCUCAGAAAUAAAUAGGUU